UAUCUGGCUUCAUUAAAACGGACAUACCAAACGUACACAAUCCAACAUUCACACACCGACAGCAGAACGGCGUGCGUCACAACAGGGAAUAAACUACAUUAGACAAACUGAAAUAAUCUAAAGUCCAAAAGCAUCAGCUGCAGCUGGAGGGACAACUGGGUGAAAAAAACACAAAUGAAUGAAUUGCAGACCAUGUGGAGGCCUAAUAGUUAAUAGGCUUUUAAUGUAACCGCCCCAUUAACGAAAUGAGCAGAUCUGACUAUAAUUAUAUAGUCAUUGAAAUUGCUCUGAUGAAUUCCUAUGACCAUUUAAACCUCGUUCUAAAAGCUGUAACCCAGGCGGUGUAGGAUAUUGCUUCCAAGUAACUUGAGGCAUAAAAAUCUGAACCAAUGGACUAUCAGAGGACCGUGUUCUAUUUUAUGUAUUUCUUAAUACCACAAUUCUACCAAUAUUGACAUGGGUCAUUGUUGGGCUUUUGGUCGGAAUUUUUCAUUUGUGGCAUCAAAUAGAAUAAUCUUUACGUUAAAUAGACUUCACACUCUAAAUAUAAAAUUCAAAUUUAAAAGCACAUAUCAUUUGAACCAAAACUAUCAAUCAUUUAACCACUGAAAGAAUAGAUAAAACAUUUAAAUAAAUCCUUUCCUCAACAACCAAGACAUUAUACUACCAUUAUUAUGAUUACAGCCACUAAAAAAAAACGUUUCCUUGUGCUUACACAUUAAACUGGGAGAGCGAGAGAAAGACGGGACGUGGGAAGAUUAAAGCGUGUUGACAGGGACGGGCGACUGGAAUGAUGAGAAGGCGAUUUAACAACGAGCGAGAGAAGUUAUAAAAGUGUCCUCAUCGACUUUGUGAAGCAUAUAAGAGCGGCUCAAGACGUAGAAAGUCCUCCACAUUUUCAUAUUCACACUGAGGGGACAUCAGGCAUAAAACGCAGACAAGGAUUGGGAAAAAGUAACACUGUCAGGUUCAUCCACACAACAGUAAAAUGAAGCUGAUGUCCACAGCCCAUCUUUUGCAUUUGCUCCUCCUCUGUGCAACGCAGACAUUAGGCGUCAGGAUUCAGUCUGACUCAGUCGUGGGCAGUGAGGGUGUGAUUCAGAUCGAGCUGGAGGGGACUGUGUCUCUGCUCUGCCUAUCUGAUGGUGACCCCGAAGAAAACCUGGUGUGGCUGAGGAAUGGCGCCAUGGUCAGAUUGAUGGAAGAAAAUAAAAAGAAUGGCAGCCGAUUAUGUGUGACACCUGCCAUCCAAGAAGAUAACGGCGCCACGUUCACCUGCCACCUGAGCAGCAAUGCCUCCGAUAGUGACUCAGUCACCCUGAACGUCACAUACCCCCCGCCGAUCACGGGGUCAGAGGAGCUCGUCGUGGAAGAGGAGUCAGUACUCAUCCUGCGGUGUGACAUCCUGGCCAAUCCACAAGUCUCCUCCGUGGUGUGGACAGUAAAUGGAAGCGCAGUGGAUCUAUUAGCAGGCGGCUUCACGUUGACCGAUGACGGCGUUACGAGCCAACUGAUUGCCAACGGCGUGGACAAAAGCCUGCACGCGGCAUCGUAUGGGUGCCUGGCGAAUUCUCCCCUCUACGGAGAGUUCAACAAGACCUUCCAAGUCACAGUAACAGACAAGGUCAUAAAGUUCCCGCUGAUGCCCAUUAUUGCGGGGGUGGUGGUGGUGUGCCUCACAGCCAUUCUCGCCGUGGUUUCACGAUGGAGAAAAAUCCGACAGUGCUGCAAGUAGUGUCCAAAACAGCUGGUCUUCUCGACUUCACCAAAUGAGGCCCUGAAGACGUCGCACCUCUCCGCAAAUACCCAUUUACGUAGGCCUAGUAUUUAAUUUUAGAUUAUGUUUGACAUUGUUAGAGGAAAGGUGGAACAUCAUAGAAUAGCACUUAUUUUGUUUCUUGCUGAAAGUUUGGAGACCAAUGCAUUAGAGCCAGCAUAAAGCAUAAAGACUGAAAUCAAAGGGAAACAGCUAGGGAGAAGAAAUCCUCAUUAAAACCAUGUGUUUCUCAAACAAGAGAUUUAACGUGUUGAUACGUGAUGCUGUCAACUGUAAUGUUUGUCAUGAAAUCAUUGAUAAUGACAGCGGAAUCCAGGAACUGCUCAACAUUGAGCUUUGAGAUGAUUCUUUUGUGUUGGUUACUUGUCAUACUGUGAUGCUACCUGACCCUGUGAUGCAGAAGUGAGCUUUUAAGACUCUAUCACCUUUAUCCUUAUUCACAUCUUUUCAAUAAAAGUACUUUUGUUCCCAGACCAAGCUUGAAAUCUCCCCUGACAAUGUGGAGACCCCACUGGGAACAGAAAAGCAGUGAUUUUAGAGAUUGAGGAUAUAAUUUGACGGCAGUGAAUUAAAAUUGCAGAGCAACAUUAUCCGACACUUGGCAGGAUAUGUGGUGUUACUGUUGCCCUCAAGGCUUAUUUUAAUUGAGGGGUUUAAUUUACAGAUUGACAUACAUGUUCAACACUGCUGUUUUCUGAUUGCUAAUGUAUAAUAGAUGCCUAUAUCCUGCCCAAGUUUAUUGGUCAUUUUUGUCCACAUGCUGUGUCUGUCUGCUGUGCCUCAAUCUAGCUUACCUCAAAUUAUAAUGCAAAAGAAAAGUAGUUUCUCUUUUAAAGGAAUAAGAACCUUCAUUGUAAAAGUAGGGGCAGGUUUCAGAGACAUAUCUCUAACUGUUACAAAUUAACAGUUUUGUCUUAUGCAUGUUCAUCAUAGAACGUACAGAGAGUCAAAAUCUUUGUGUCUAGUCUUCACAUCUGAACUUUAGCUCCUGACUCAACAAUACAAUCGAGGCUCAUUAAAAUCGUGUUAUACAUUUACUCUUAAUGAGACAAAAAGGCCCGGGACUACCAAUUCAAGGAGGUCAAGGUCGAGGUCUUUGCGUUCUGAACCAAUAAAAUAAAAACACAUAAAACAGAGCAAUUCCCAUCAGGGAUGAGAGCACAUUUGACAGGAUUGCAGAUGUUAAGUCAGUAUGAAGUUGGGCUUAUUGUCUGAGUCACAGGUUUUAUUGUGAAAAUAAAGAAGCUGCACCUGCAGUGGGAUAAUAUAACAAAAUUAAGAUAUGAAGGAUUGACUAAUGACUUUUUGAACAAACUCAAACUAAUGAAUGUGAAGACAUGGAGAAAAUGUCCGUCUUUAUCCUUCUCAAUGCACUGAUCUUUGCUAUGUGUAAUGUAGCGCUGCUGUCAUGCUGGGAACAUUGUCUACACUGUCUAACACCAAAUGUAGCCACCCAUUUUGUCAAGUUAAAAGUUGCUUUCCACACACAGGGUCAUCACGAUAUCCAUGAGGCAAAAACACUUUUUUUAUUAAAGUACCUCAGACUAAAACAAAAAAGAGGACACAGACCAAAUGUCCAAUGCACUUGUUCUCUGAAGCGGUUCACGUGCAGGACUACAGUGACCUCUGCUGGACACUUUAUUUUGAAUCCUUUCCUCUCCAUGGUGAUGCCAUUUUAGUGUAAAUGUGCAGAGACAUAAUUAAAUAUGAAUGUGAGUGAAUGACAAAGCUUCACUGUCUGUGACAAUGGACAAAUAAUCUACUUUCUAUGUAAAUGGUGUAACAUAUGAGCAUGGUUGUCUCUUUCUUUAUUUAAUUAUUUUAUAGUGAGUGCCAUGAUAAGAGAGGGAGAUAGAUGUGAACAAUAGACAAUAAAGACAUGAUGAAAUAUUAUCUUAUCGUUGAUGACAUCAGUAUCAUUGUAUCUAAAUGUAAUUUGGAUUUGGUGAUAUGAAAUGGUAUUUUUGGAGGAAGAUUUCAUAUGUUUUUGUUUAAAAAAAGGGAAGUGUUCUGCAGUGUUGGACCAUGUGAGAUUGUGUUUGCCACAUUGUGUCUCCCUUAUGAAUUGUACACACAAAUUAUUUGUAACAUUCUCAGUAAGCUGAAAUUCAAAAACAGAAUAACUUGGCCUCAAACCAGUUUUAUUCAACAUGCUUCUCACGUCAAGCCAAUAAAGAUGAACCAUAAUAAACUUCCCAAUGAUAAGCUUUA